AUGAACACUGCGGGGUACAGCAGUUGGAGUGGCAGCCUCCAGGAGGUGCCCGGAGGACACUGGAAACAGUGGAGAUGGCGAUUCCUCUUAGUGGCCCUGGCUCUCAUGGUCACCACAGUCCUGUGGGCCCUCAUUCUGAGCAUCCUACUUUCCAAGGGCCAGAGCCUGCAGACGGAUCUGAAGAGCGCGCGCUCCGAGCUCACCCAGGCGCAGGUGAAACUCGUGGAGCAGGAGAGCGCGCUGAAGGAGCUGAGCGACCGCGUGACCAAGAGCCUGGCUGAAGCGGGAAGGGACCGCGAGGGCAUCCGCAGCGAGCUGUACCGGGAGCUGGAGGGAGUCCGACUUGGAAACAGUUCCUGCUUGGAGUGCCCCACGUCUUGGCUGCCCUUUCGGGGCUCCUGCUACUUUUUUUCGGUGCAGAAGGCCACAUGGGCAGAGGCGCAGAAAAACUGCUCGGGCGCUGGUGCGCACCUGGUGAUUGUCGGGGACCUGGAUGAGCAGGGCUUCCUGAGUCGGAACACAGGAGGCCGCGGUUACUGGCUGGGCCUGAGGGCCGUGCGCCGCGGGAGAAAGAUCCAGAGCUAUCAGUGGGUGGACGGAGUCCGGCUCAGCUUCAGCUACUGGAACAAGGGAGAGCCCAAUGACUCUCGGGGGCUCGAGGACUGCAUCAUGAUGCUAGACUCGGGGCUAUGGAACGACGCCCCUUGCAGCAAUGAGAGGGACAACUGGAUCUGUGAGAAGAGACGCAGCUGUUGAGCCCACCCGGUGCCCCUGAGCC